AUGGUCUGCAGCCCAGCAUUGUUGAUGUCCAGUGACAGUAUCGCUCUUGAUGAGGUCUCGAAGGCCACGUUGCUUGCUGCCCAGUGCACUCUGCCAGAUCAGAAAUCUGGUGCUUAUGCAACGCAAACGAACAGCUUUGGCCUCCCGGACAGGAGUGGGAGUGGCUUGGGCCAGCAGCAGCAUGUCCACGCCCAGCGACACAAGCACAGGAUCCAGAAGGCCGGUGCCGCAGGGAGACACACGCCCGGCCAGGAAGAGGAGGUUACCAGGGCAUUGAAGCUGGCCAUGGUGAAGAGGGGCGUGCUGCUUCACCUCGACUGGAGCUACCUGCACCCCGGCACCAGCAGGAGAAAGCGCCACCGGCACAUCCCCUUUGGAGACACCACAAAGGGAAAGUUCCGAGGAGAUGAUGUUAAAUAUUUUUGUGUUUCAGCGGUGCUGCUGCGGGUGCUGCGGGUGCAGCUGGAGGUGCGGCAGCAGAACAGGGACGUCUUGCAUGAGCUCCAGCAGCUGAGGCAUGAGGUACGGGUCGUGUCCGAGAGGCUGGAUGAAAUUGAGCCUCUCGACAGGACCCGUGCAGUGUCUCAGCCUGCCCUGUCGACGGUGCCUCCAGUUCUUCCUCGGCUACCUGCCAACAAUAUUGAAGAAUUGGAGGCAGCAGAGGCAGCCGUGCAGGAUGAGGCUGUGGCUGCCACCUUGCGCAAGCACCUCCUGCAAAUAGGAGGGAAGUCGCUGCGCGAGGUGGCAUCGAAUGCCAUGAAGGCUGUAAUGGCACACCCCGUCCAAGUGCUUUACAGCCUUCAUGGCAGGAAGGGGAAGAGGGCUUUCAUAAAUCUGAAGUUAUGCCGGAUAGUCACAGAUGUCAUCUGUGCAAAAGGGGGGGCCGACCUGACAGAAGCUCAGGGCUUCAUUAAGAGGUGGUUGCCAGGGUCUGUGGACAGGGGUGGUGGCAGGAAGAGGCGUUUUGCAGAAACGUUAGCAGCAGAGCAGCCCGAUGAUCCCUCCCUUCGGGGCAGGGAUCAUUGCCUGCCCACUGCUGCCCUCUCCCUGCCCCACCCUUGGCCUCAGGGCCCUGGCCAGUCCACCGUUGGCCCCUCCUGUCCGGCUGCCCAUGCUCCUUCCCCUGCUGCAGCCCCUCCUCCUGCCCCUGCUCCUUGGACCAGGCUGCACAUCUGCUCUCGGACACCUCUUCGCAUCCGCUAUCUGGCUCAAGGUACCUGA